AUGGGGAGCCUGCCCAGCCGGGAGAAGCCACUCAGCAUCCCACCAGCAGCUGCAGACACCAUGCAGUCCCCGCUGCCCAUGCAGGCAGUCCCCAGGAGCUUCCUGGCCCUGGCCCUCUGUGACUUCCCCUCCAGCGCUGGGGCGGCCACUGUCCUGAGGAUGGGGGAGCAGCUCCGUGUCCUCUCCGAGGACAGGGAGUGGUGGCUUGUGGCAUCUGAGGUGUCUGGCAAGGAGUGCCAUGUCCCCAGCAGCUGUGUGGCCAAGGUCAGGCACAGGUGGCUGUAUGAGGGUGUCAGCCGGCAGAAGGCGGAGGAGCUGCUGCUCUGGCCAGGCAACCGCAGUGGGUCCUUCCUGAUACGGGAAAGCCAGACUAGGCAAGGCUGCUACUCGCUGUCAGUGCGCCACAGCGAGCAUGCCUCCUGGGACUCAGUGACACACUACCGCAUCCACCGCCUGGAGAAUGGCUGGCUCUACAUCUCACCCCGGCUCACUUUCCCCAGCCUGCACGACCUGGUGGACCACUACUCCGAGUUUGGAGAGGGGCUGUGCUGCCCCCUCAGGGAGCCCUGUUCCAUGGAAGGGGUGAGGGUGACCCCAGUCCCCGCAGUGCCCACUGUUGUGAAGAAGCCAUCACUCAACUGGGACAAGAUCGACAGCUCCCUCCUGUUCUCGGAGGCUGCAUCCCCACCAGAGGAGGACUCUCCCAUCAGCCUGGGCCUGCGGGAAGCCAUCAGCUCCUACCUCCUCCUGACAGAGACAGCCGCCCCGGAGGAGGGCCCCACGGGGAAAGGGGCAAAGAGCAGCUGA